GGCUCCUGUACUGCAGGUUGGUACAGUCGUUUUACUGACUGACCGAUAAACGCCAAAACAUAUUUUAUAACCGGCAUUUUCAGAAGUGAAAUUAAGACGAUAGUUUCUUGAAAUAGGGCGACAUCCAAAGGCGACGCGAGGCUUUGUGGGUGGACCUCUGUCGGUGUUUGGCUCACAUUCUGCAAAAUGGCGACUUCCCUGGGAUCUAACACCUACAAUAGACAGAAUUGGGAGGACGCGGAUUUUCCAAUUCUGUGUCAGACAUGUUUAGGAGAAAAUCCAUACAUACGAAUGACCAAGGAAAAAUAUGGGAAAGAAUGCAAGAUCUGUGCUCGACCCUUUACGGUGUUCAGGUGGUGCCCGGGCACACGGAUGCGUUUCAAGAAGACAGAAGUCUGUCAGACCUGCAGUAAAAUGAAGAACGUUUGUCAGACGUGUCUGCUGGACCUGGAGUAUGGUUUGCCCAUCCAGGUUCGAGACACGGGGGUGUGUGUAAAAGACGAGAUUCCCAGGUCAGACGUGAAUAAAGAGUACUACACACAGAACAUGGAGAGAGAGAUAGCCAAUUCUGAUGGCACUCGACCAGUAGGCCAGCUGGGGAAGGCAACAAGCUCCAGUGACAUGUUGCUCAAACUGGCCCGCACUACUCCAUAUUACAAGAGGAACCGGCCCCAUAUCUGCUCCUUCUGGGUGAAGGGAGAGUGUAAGAGAGGCGAGGAGUGUCCCUACAGACACGAGAAGCCCACAGAUCCCGAUGACCCGCUGGCCGAUCAGAACAUUAAAGACCGUUACUACGGCAUCAACGACCCAGUCGCUGACAAGCUGCUGAAGCGAGCCUCGACUAUGCCCCGACUGGACCCCCCUGAGGACAAGUCCAUCACCACCCUCUACAUCGGGGGUCUGGGGGAUAAUGUCACCGACGGAGACCUGAAGGGUCACUUCUAUCAGUUUGGUGAGAUUCGAACCAUUACCAUAGUCCAAAGGCAGCAGUGUGCCUUCAUCCAGUUUGCCACUCGGCAGGCGGCUGAGAUGGCUGCCGAAAAGUCCUUCAACAAACUAAUCAUUAAUGGGCGGAGGCUGACUGUCAAGUGGGGGAGGUCUCAGGCAGCAAGAGGCAAAGAUGGUAAGGAUGGAAUCAGUGAGAUGGGAAUCAGACUGGAUCCUGUACCUGGGCUUCCUGGAGCACUGCCCCCACCCCCAGCUCUAGACGACGAGGCUCCUGCCAACUACUUCAACCUGGACCCUGCCACUUCUCCAGCCAUCAUGAACAUUGCAAUCCCACCCCCACCAGGCAUAAACCCACCUCCUCCAGGUUUCGGCCCGCCCAUGUUUCACCCCAUGGGGCCCAUGGCCCCCCCUGUCCCCCCUCCUAUAACGAUGAGACCUCCGGGCACGAUCCAUUACCCAUCCCAGGAUCCUCAGCGCAUGGGUGCUCAUGCUGCACUUGCUUCACAUCACACUGAGUAGCUGCUAGAACAGAGCCGCUGUGCCGUCAGGCGUCCUUUGUGCUCGAUCUUGUCAGACGUGGCCGGGUGUGUUUUUAUACAAAGCUGCUGUGGACCUGAAGACUACUUCAGAGGAAAUGAGCUGCACUGGGUUUAGUUAUUUCUUAUUAAUCCCACCUGCAGAGCAGCAAAUGGACUGAAAGAGCACAGUUCGUGACAUGAGAAAAGCCAGUCCAGGACCUGACCCGGUGACUUUGUCCCUUCUUACAGUUGAUGCGUAACAAAAUAGUUAAAGACUUCCAACGUACCGAGAACAGCCAGUGUGACUGGAGCUGAUGUACAUAAGAGAACACAUUCUUUAGGUGAAACUUGUAUUUGUCUCGUUCUGCAAGCUAACAGAGCUGAACACUGAGGAACAUCCAUUCAUUUUCAGUUACACUGACUGUACUUUUUUAUUUGACACAUUCUUGACAUUCAACAUCUUAAAUCAUUGUAAGAGUUUCUUUGAAUGUUUUCAAAUCAUUAAAAUUAUUCAGUUAGGUCAGCUA